UAUUUUAUCUACACUCAGGUCCUUCUCAAAGAGAAAUGUCUACAAAUGCAUUGUUAGAUUGUAGAUAUAGUCAUAAACAUCCUUCUUGAUCUCUAAGUUACCCACUCUCUCGAAAACCUUUCCGUACACUGAAAACUCAAUGGACCUUAACAUGAACCAUAUCCUAUUCCAUGGAAAUGAGCCUAUGAUGAAUUCAUCGACCACUGGAACAUGCUACUUCUCUGCAUGGGGCAAAAAUGACAACUUGGGUGAUACUGCACUAACUCUGGACUGCAUAGGAGGUGAUGCUAAUAACAACGCGAGAAUGUUGUGCUCUCAGAACAACUGUGAUAUUUCUGCACAAGAUGAUGGAUGUAAGCUGGUUCUUGGAUUGGGCCCAACUCCGACGUCCUACCGUGCCGAUUACCCAUCUGGGGUUACUAAGAGCAAAGAAUCUGCAAACAAGUUUAGCCAAACUUUGGUUUCUGGGGCUGAUUCUGGGAUGUUGAAGCUUGGGCUUGGUAUUCCAGUUGUUGACGAAGGUUCUACUUCAGCGAAGAGGAUGUCAGGUGGAUACAUGCCAACCCUCCUUUUUGCUCCAAGGGCAGAGGAGAGUAAAAGCCAACCAGAGACCCACGAACUAGUAGAUGUUGGAAGUGACGCCACCUCCGAACAUCAGCAUCAUCAUCGUCAAUUCAGCCCUGAAAUCUCAGCUACUACUGAUUCUUCCUUUGGUGGUUUCACUUGCGAUCAACAAAGACCCUAUCAUCACCAUCCAAAGAAGUGCCGAUUCAAGGGGUGUACCAAAGGAGCGAGAGGGGCUUCUGGUCUCUGCAUCGCUCAUGGAGGUGGUCAGCGAUGCCAGAAGCCUGGCUGCAACAAAGGAGCAAGAGAGGCGCGAAGCAGCCUACUGAAGGCAGCUGGUUGGCGGCCGCCGUGCAGCAACGUCGGAGUGGCACCAAAGAGCAGCCUGAGGUCGACGCGAAUCUGCAUCGCUCACGUGGUGGACCGGCGAUGCGAGGUACGCACCUCGGCUAGCACCAAAGCAGCCGUGGCAAGAUCGGGUCUCUGCAUCCGUCAUUGGCGGCAAGAGGUGCACCGUCGAUGGAAUGCGCACGAAGCGCUGAGGGCCCAAGCCGGUCUGUGCAUCUCCCAUGGUGGCGGUCGCAGGUGCCAGUAUUUGGGGUGCAGUAAAGGUGCACAAGGAAGCACGAUGUUCUGCAAAGCUCAUGGUGGAGGGAAGAGGUGCGUGUUUGAGGGUUGCAAUAAAGGGGCCGAGGGAAGCACGCCUUUGUGCAAGGGGCACGGAGGGGGGAAGAGAUGCUUGUUUGAGGGAGGUGGUGUUUGCCCUAAAAGCGUUCAUGGCGGGACUAACUAUUGUGUUGCCCAUGGAGGUGGGAAGAGAUGUUCAGUGCCGGGAUGCACUAAAAGUGCUCGAGGAAGGACAGAUUGCUGCGUGAGGCAUGGUGGAGGGAAGCGAUGCAGGAUGGAGGGUUGUGGAAAGAGCGCACAAGGGAGCACCGACUUCUGCAAGGCUCAUGGAGGUGGUAAAAGAUGCGGAUGGGGAGGUUGCGAGAAGUUUGCGAGGGGAAGGAGUGGAUUAUGUGCAGCUCAUGGUAGUAUGGUAUCAAAGGAAGGAAGCGGAGGAAUGAUUGGUUCGGGGCUUUUUAGGGGUAUUGUGUCGUCGACAUCAGCGGCAAUGACAACCACGACGAUGGGGAACAGCGAUCAGUCGUCAUCUGGGGUGAGCGCGGUGUCAGACUGUACUGAGUCAGCAGACAAUGGAGAGCUUAGGCAACAACUUCUGAUACCUCCACAGGUUUUGGUUCCUACGAGCAUGAAGGCUGAUUCGGCGAAUGGAGGGGUGGGGAAGGGAUUCGGGUUCGUGAUUCCAGAGGGAAGGGUUCAUGGUGGCGGUUUGAUGUCCUUGCUUGGUGGAAGCAUAAGGAAUGCUUUGGAUGAAGGAAGGAUCUGAACUGCUUGCUCCACUCCGGAACUUAGCUUGUGCAUAUUGAAGAUGGUUGCGGACGAGGAGUGCGUUUGCAGGAAGCGGAUGUUUCUAUAUGUAUUGUAAACAUUGGUACCGCGUCCUUUUUAGCCUCUGUUCGGUAUUUGGCCUCUCUGGACACCUGUUUGUGUUUAUUAUGUCUUUUUUUCCCAUGUUUUCAGAUUUGGUUGUCGUGAGGAUUUGAUAUAAUAAGUACAUUGUUUGUAACGAUGACUGUGAAAGCUGUUUGAGGUCUCCAAGCUUUCUCAGCCGUCUACUACUGUGAAUAUGGUUUAUUAUGUCAAUUCUUUGUCUCCGCUGCAUCUCAUUUUUA